CGUCUGCUGCAACUUCACCCCCCCAUAGUAGUACUUAUUAAAGACUCAGUGAUAGACAAGGACUCUACCCCAUCUCCAACACUAUCUAUUCACAAAAUUAAGAACUGUCUCGUUCUCUUUACUACUCUAAAACGCCAAAAUCAACCAUGGAAAGCGAAUUUAAACAACAAGGCAACCACGUUGUCAGUAUUCCGGAGGUCAACACGGAGGAGCUCGCCCGCGACAUGAAAGAGGAAAUCGAGAGAUGCACCAAGGGGUUAGAAAGCAAUCCCGGCGCCAUGAGCAGUCGUUGCAUCUACGAAGUCCCCUUAAGGUUCAAGGACAACAACGGCAGCUCCUACAGGCCCCGCAUCGUCUCCAUCGGGCCCAAAUACUACUAUGACACAGAUCUAAAGCUUUACAGUGACUGCAAGUAUCAGUGCCUCGGCUUCUUGCUGAAAAGGAACCGAGUCAAAGGCUUACAGGACUACUUGGACAGGCUACGCCCGUGUGAAACAAAAGCAAGGGAGUGUUAUCCUGAAGAGAUGAUCCAAGAUUUCAGGCCGCCCGGUGACGGUGACUUCCUCGAAAUGAUGGUUCUUGAUGCUUCUUUCAUAUUAGAAUUGUUUUACAUGUUUCAGGAUCCGCGCUUGGGACCGCUAAAGGCGGACGAACCUCCCGCAUCCCUGAAGUGGAGAUUGCCGUAUUUCUACGUGGACUUGAUCCUCCUUCAGAAUCAGAUCCCUUUUUUUGUUCUGCAAGAGUUAUUUGAUAUAUCUAAGAUGCCUGACGAUCCGUCCUUGUCCUUGCUUGCUUUACGAUUCUUUAACAAUGUUAUGAGCAGACCAAACGAAGUCAUAGAGUUGUACGGCAAUCCCAAGAAUCCUCCUUUGCAUUUGCUGGACUUGGUUCGGUCUAGUCUAAUCCCAUGCCAUCAAAAGCCGCCACAGAGAGACGAAAACAAACAGAUCCAAUCUAUUCCCUGCAUCUCGCAGCUCCGCCGUUCAGGGAUUAGGGUCCGACCGGGCAAGGCGGAGAGCUUCUUGGCUGUAAAAUUCAAGCGCGGUGUGGUUGAGAUGCCCAGCAUAACCAUCAACGACUUCAUGAGAUAUCUCUUGCUGAACUGUGUGGCGUUCGAGCAGUGCCACAAGAGCUGCCCCAAGCACGUCACGGUUUACGCCACUUUCUUGGACUGCCUUGUGAACACCUCCUCGGACGUCCAAUACCUUCGCGAGCACAAUGUUAUCGACAAUCACCUAGCGGACGACGACAAAGUUGCACGCUUCAUCAAUAGUCUGGGCAAGGACGUGACCUUUGAUAUCCGUGACUUUUAUUUGUCCAAGCUGUUCAAUGAUGUGGACAAGCAUUAUCGGAAUAACUUCUGUGUAAACUGGGCGAGCCUCAGGCGAAGAUAUUGUAACACGCGCUGGUGGUUCAUCUCGGCGUGUGCUGCCAUUUUGCUCUUACUACUUACGUUUGCGCAGACCUUCUACACCAUCAUCGGCUAUGUACAUCCCAAAAAAUAGACCUUCUACUGUUCAAUCUGCACCAUUGUCGCUUAAUUAUGUGCAUCCCAAAUAUCAAUGGGCCUUCUUUUUCUUUUCCAUUUUUUAUUCUUAAUUUUAAUCAAGCAAGAUCACUGCUAGGUCCCGUUGGGGGCUUCUUCGAUUGCAUCAAAUUACGAUCA